GUACCGAGCCGCUGCGGGUCAGGACUCGAUGUGGUUCUGUUAUAGGAGAGGUGUGUUUACGCGUUUUUUAUUUCGAGCCGGCAUACCGCGUUUCAAUAAAGUCCUGUCAUGAGUGAAAAUCAUCGAGAAUAGUAUUUACAUCGGAAAACCAACGAAACUCAUAAAUUUUUUCCUUUAUUGAGCUCAUAAUUUUUUAUUAUCGUAGUCAUCGUUUUCGAUCGAUCGAUUGACGUCUACUUUCGAUAUAAAUCGAUCGUAACGCAUGCUCGCGAAUGCCGACGGUAAACGUACGCGGUACGAAAUCCGCUGAUAGAAGACUAAAAAUGGACGGGCUAUGUCGUUUUGUUGACCCAGUGACAUUCCCGGCGGAUUUUUUUAUUUUUAGAUAAGCUGACAUUAGAUAAGAUUUUUCUUUUAUUUUUCUUUAGUUUUUCCUUUCUUUUAUUUUCUUUCAUUUUUACUUUAUCACUCUCAAAGGACAUUUCUACAAAUUAACGAAAACGAAUAACGGUAAUCCUACGUGUACGCACGUGACACCGCUCUCACGGUGAUAGUUUUAUCAAGACGCGUGAAAUCGAAUCGAAAAAUCGAUUUAUACCGAAAGGAUAUCCAGAGUUUUCGAUUUGAACUUAUCUUCAGAGCUUUCCAAGGAUUGUCUUGUGAAUUUAUUAGUGUUAAAAAUCGGCUUCAUUGAUUCGAGUGCGAGGAUCCACCAUUUCUACUCGAUAAUUAUUAGUUAUUCUUGUGACCGAGUCUAAAGGUUCUUUGAUAAAAACACGACGAUGCUUGUAUCAUUGGUUUAACCUAAACCUAGAAGAUAUUACGUAAUUUGGAAAUAUUUUACUUCAGAAAGAAGAAAAUACUAAUUGAACGCAUUACUUCAAACAAUAAUUCUUCAGCACUGCCAACGGAACAGAAAAAUUUUACCGAGUUUUCAUCAUUAUACUGCCAUCAUCGAGCGUAUCGUCUCGAAUUUUCUACCAUUAAUUUAUACACACACACACAUACACACACAAAAACAUAUAUAUAUAUAUAUAUGAAUAUAUAUGUGUAUAUAUAUAUAUAUAUAUAUAUAUGCGAAUUUUUCCGGUAGCACAUAAAGCUAGAAAAAGGAUUAUACAAUUUUUUGAAAUUCAACUUGAAGUUUUGUCAAAAAGUGUUAAAGGAUCAAAGUUUUAUCAUUAUCUUUUAAAAGAAUAUUUCCUUUACCGAGAAUCCUUUUGGGAUUCGAUCCCUCUGGAAGGGUCGAAAAGAAGGAAAAAGAGAGAAAAAGAAGACGAAAUAUAAGAAGAAAGUGAGAAUGUCCAGAACGCAAUGCUGCGACGGCAGCGAACGUGUUUCUGGACGAAUGAACGAAGGAGGGAAGAGAGAAAACGAAAGGAAGGUUCGUGGUUGCAAUUAGUAAUGCCCUUUCGAAACUGUCCCAUGUUUAUGGAAUGCUAGCACUCAGGAAGCAUAAGAAGAGUAUAGACAAGGAAGAGUAGACAAGGAAGAUAGAAAAAACUAAAGGAAACGUGUUCUUUUUUUGUUAUUUUGUGAAUUGUGAACGAGAGAAAAAGAGAAAGAAGGAAGGAGGUAUAGAAAGAGAGAGAGAGAAAGAGAGAGAGAGAGAGAGAGAGAGAAAGAAGGAGGGAAGAGUGAAAGAGGUAACAAGAAGAGAAAAGAGAAAAAAAUGUGGUGGAGGUGCCGGUGGAACUUUGCUAGCAUCGCAUCGACGAUGCAAUCCGCGACGAAUGGUAGCAGCACUACAACCACGACCACAGUUUUGUUGGUCCUGGGAGUGGCCUCGGUCUACUCGCAGGUCGACGUAUCUGAUCUGGAUAAGCCCGUGCCAAUUACUACGAUAGAAGGUGUGGUCGGAAAUAAAGUGCAGCUACCGUGCGAUAUACAUGCGCCCAACGACGACAACGUCAACAUGGUGCUCUGGUUCAAGGAAGAUGGGGGUGAUCCGAUUUAUAGCUUUGACGUACGCGGUCGUCGACAAUUCAACAAUGCUCAACUUUGGUCAUCGCCAACGGCAUUGGGAUCAAGAGCUUUUUUUAUCACGGCUACGAAUCCGGCACAUCUUAGCAUCGAUCGCCUCGAGGCCAAGGACGAAGGAAUCUAUCGAUGUAUGGUGGAUUUUAAGAACACUCCAACUGAAAAUCAAAAGAUGAACUUGACCGUAAUUGUGCCUCCUUCGAAGCCCGAGAUUCUGGACAGCACGACGAAGGACAUAUCGAGGAUCAAGGAACCCUACAACGAGGAUAGUGAUGUGAAACUAAUCUGCCAGGUUAGAGGUGGCAAGCCACCUCCAAAGCUGACGUGGUACCUCGACAACAACGUGAUAGACGAGUCCUAUAGCUACGACCGCGAGUUUGCGCUUACGGUUAACCACUUGUCGUACCCGAGAGUCGGCCGGCAACAUCUCAACGCAAGGCUGAUCUGUCAGGCCAGCAACACCAACUUGGUGCCGCCACAGAGCAGGGUCCUCGUUCUCGACAUGAAUCUGAAGCCGAUGCAUGUUCAGAUAUUAACGAAAGAGGAACGAGUUUCGGCAGAGAAGAACUACAAGGUGGAAUGUACAACGACCGGAUCAAGACCUACAGCGGUGAUUACCUGGUGGAAAGCGAAUAGACCGAUUAAGAAGAUGGCACAGAGUUAUCCUCUGGACAAUAAUCAUACUAUGAGCAUUCUGAGCUUCGUACCGAGUAUCGAUGACGACGGAAAGUAUCUAACUUGCCGUGCUGAGAACCCGUUGAUUCCCGACAGUGCUAUGGAAGACAAGUGGCGAUUGGAGGUGCACUAUCAACCGGUGGUGACUUUGAGGAUGGGAGAGACACUUAAUCCAGAUGACAUCAAAGAGGGUGACGACGUGUACUUUGAGUGCAUAGUGAAAGCGAAUCCUAAAGUGUACAAACUCGCUUGGUUCAAAGACGGUAAAGAGUUGAAGAACAAUGCCACAGCCGGCGUCAUUCUCAGCGACCACUCGUUGGUGCUUCGAGGCUUAACUCGACAUUCUGCCGGCGACUAUACCUGUCUAGCCGCAAAUAGCGAGGGCAAGACCGCUAGUAAUCCCGUGACCCUUCAAAUAAUGUAUACGCCGGUCUGCAAAGAGGGUAAAAGCGAGGUUGUGGUUGGUGCUCUCAAGCAGGAAACGGUUUCUUUGGUUUGCGCGGUGGAGAGUCAUCCACCACCGUUGACCUUUCAUUGGACUUUCAAUAAUUCCGGAGAGUUGAUGGAGAUGCCACAUUCGCGGUACUCUCAUGCAUCAGUAGCCGGAACUCCGUCAGUCGUGGAGAGUCUGAAAGAGUAUCAACAAUUCCAUGGUUCGAGACUUAACUAUACACCCACGACGGAAAUGGAUUACGGUACAGUCGCAUGUUGGGCUACUAACCAGGUCGGCAAGCAAAGAUCGGCGUGCCUUUUUCAGGUGAUAGCGGCUGGUCGUCCCUACCCUUUACACAACUGCACUACUACGGAACUGUCAGCACCCUCGGACGUAGAGGAGCUUGGCACGAAAUCAGGAACCGGUCUGAUCGUACGUUGCUUAGAUGGUUACGACGGAGGCCUACCUAUCCAUAGCUAUCAAUUAGAGGUUGUAGCCGAAGAGGAUGGAGUUUCGAUUCUAUUGAACAAAACAGUACCGGCCAAUCCGAAUGGAGCCAUCUUUGAGGUCACUGGCCUCACGACCGGCAAAAGUUACCGUCUCUAUCUCUACGCUAUUAACGCCAAAGGUAGAAGCGAUUCCACCAUAUUGGAGCCUGUCACGCUUAAGGGCGUCGCCAUGUAUAAAACUGGCAACACGGAUGCAUCGAUGCUGAGUCCAUUGCUACUGGGUCUGGCAGCUACGGCGACCCUUUUGGCCCUGGCCGUAGCUGGUAUCCUGGCGGCGCUCUACCGGAAGCAUUCGAACGGCCGUGCCGGAAGUCCAAAGCACGCUCCGAUCGUGUGCGAGCCACCUAAUGCAGGUGCAACCACCCCAGUGCACCCUCAGACCAAGCAGGCGGUCGAUGACAUCGAUCCGGACAUCAUACCGAACGAAUACGAAAGAAGACCUUUAACGUAUACACCCGUCUACAAGACACCACCUCAACGAAGAAAAAAGGAUCGAGUCACGGAUGAAGCAAUUUCGCCUGAGAAAAGACCAAUCGUUCAGCACAGUUUGGAUCUACCAUCGGAUCCUGUACUCGCCGAUUGCCUUUCAACACCUGCCAUUAACUAUCCGCAAAAUCAUGUCACCCAUCAGACAAUUUAUGGCCAUCAGCCAACCAUGGCGGACUUCAAGCAAAUGGCGAUGGACGCCUAUAAUCAACGUAAUAACCAAAAUGUGUAUUACAGCCUUCAAAGGGCGAGCAAAUGUUUAUCGUCGAUGCCGCAGAGGCCGGUCUCUUCGUCAAUUUCUGCUCAGGGGAAAUUUCAUCAGCCAGAAGUGGUGACGCGCUCAAAUCGAAUACAAGAGAGCUGUAUAUAAUAAGAGAGUGCCCAUUCUCUCUUACAUUCUCAUUUUUCUUUUUUUUUUUUUUUCUUUUUCCCAGUUUACUUUUUCUCUUCUCAUGGUAAUGCCACGUGUACGGAGUAUCAUAGAAAUGUUU